AUGAGAUCCCGCCAUUGUUCUGAGAGCAGGACCUUGUCAUCAAAUGUGGUUCGACCAUCCGUACGCAAGUUCGAUGCGGAUGAUAAGCCAUCGAUUGAUGACCGAGCAUCGCUCAGGAAAACCAACCUGUCACUACUCAUCUCUUCUUCAUCGCGAAAAUAUGUGUUUCUGAUGAUCUGCAUAUCCUGUUCCUCUAUCGAAAGAGUUUGUUAUUGCCUUCGGGAAUCCUGA